AUGGGAAUAAUUAAUGGAGAAGAGAGGAACGUGAGCGACCAAGAUCAGGGAGAAAAUGGAACAUCUGAUGAUCAGAUGGCUGUCACUACCACCACGCCUCCCGCAUUUCCCACAAAUGUUACAACCAAGCAACCUGAAUUUCCAGACGCCACCGUUUCUCCAACUACUGCAACCACAGAUCCCACAAACUCAAGCCAGAUCAACAUGACAGAAGCCGAGGAGGAAUUUAAGAACUUCACAACAACUCCUCCAAACAACUCAACUCAUCUGAGCGCACAAAACUCCACCAGUUUUUCAGAUUCCUUCAAUCGCACCAAUUUACAGACGACAACUUUGGCUCCAAAGAGCAACACUACGCAAGAAUCCACGACAAAACCGGUCAAGGAUACAGGGAUAACUAACGCUUCAGAAUUCGCUGCAACAACCACAACUAUGCAAGAGCUAAACAAGACAUCCACCAUGCCUCCUUCUACAACGGUGUUCCCACCUGAGACCACAGAAACGAGCCCUGCGACUACAUCUGCCAAUGCUCCGAUCACACCUGAGAAGGCCAACAAGACAGACAAAGGUCCAGCCUCGGGGGACAACUCAGAAAGAGGUGUGGCAACGGAUACUCAGAAGAGUAAAAGAAACGGAGCGUGGGGAGCUGUACUGGGAAUGGGGGUGGCUGUGGCCUUUGUGGCACUGGUGGCCUACGUCAUCCUGAAGAAGAAACAGCAGAAGGGGUUCUCUCAUAGGAAACUGGUUGAGGAGUAUCCUUCAGACCCAGUUCUCAGAUUAGGCAACAACGAGCAUUUGGACCUGGACUUUGGACCUGGUCGUUCGGCCUAUUACAACCCAGCACUCCAAGGGGACAACAUCCAAAUGAGCAACAUACCCUGA